AUCGUUGCAUUGGCUGGCCACACUGAACGUAUGAUUUAACAUAAAGAUAAAUAAAAUAAAUCAAAACUCAAAAUUGAGUAAAUAGAUAGCACCCCACUAUAUGCUGGUGUGCUGGGACUACGGGCAGGUUCCCUGCUGCUCCCCGCUUACAUAAUGUCCGUGUCGCUGGGACAAGCUGCCAAACUGAAGAUUCUGGCGUCAAGUUCAAGGCAAUGGCAAUGGAUGUCGCUGCGGCGUUCGUUGAAUCAAGACUUGACAACGGCACUGCGACCAUUCUACUUUGCGGUACAUCCGGACUUCUUUGCGCAGCAUCCCGAGCAGCGAAACACUAACGAGAACUCACUGAAAUUGCUGAGCGAGCACCUUGAAUCUUUGUACGAGCGCCGGCCGCAUCGCAGUGCGGAUGCCCAAGUGCUCAAGUUCUAUGUGCGUGCCAGUGCAGACGCCAAAAAGCGGGACUCCUUCAGGCUGAUUCAGAUCCGCACGGACUGGCAGAGCACCAGGGAUGCCAAGACAUUCAUCCAGAGCCUGCUGGAGUCGUGCAAUCUCUCAACGGACUAUGUGCGGACCAUCAAGGCGCAGCCGGAACCAUCAAAGAGCUCAGACACGACAAGCAUGGCCUAUAAGCCGGGCCAGGACUACCACUACGACAAAGAGUUCUCGGACUUCGAAUCUCAAUUGAGGAAUGAGCGGGCAAGCAUGCGUCCUGUACUGACCACCUGGCUGGAGGAGAACGCCGACAAGGCCAAACAGCGGGCCAAGGAAACGGCCGAUCUGCAGGCCGAGAUUAAUAAGCUGCAAAAGGUGCUGGUGGAGAAGCUGAAGCUGCGCGAUGCGCGCUACGAAUGCGGCUGGAACAUCGAGCACUAUCGCGGCUGCCUGAAGACCCUGGAGCGUCUGGCUAACACACACUUGGCGGAGAUGGCGCCGCUGCGGGAUCGCAUUGUGGUCUUUGCACCCUUCACGGGCAUUAGCCUGGAGGGACAUGUCAUGCUGUUCACCGGGGAUGUGCUGAACAAUUGGAUUGACUUCAUCAAGAACAUUCCGCAUCACGACACCUACCUCAAGGUGGUGCCCAUCUACGAGCAGACCCUCUCGCAGGUGCUGCGCGGCAUUCAGAUAGGACGGCGCAAGUUCAUGCCAAAGCAGCAGGCCCGUGGCUAUGCCAACUACCUCAUGAAAGUGACAACGUCGCUGGGCGACUAUCUGGGGAAGCAAAAGUACCCCAAGAACUGGCCAGAGACGCUGCAAGAGUUCACCAUUGUCGUGGAAUCAGAGGCGGGUCCACUGAUGGUCAGUCCAACGGGUCAAUUCAUCACCCCGGCCACCUGUCCGGGCCUCAUACUGGUGGACUUCAUCAGCCAGAAUAUGCAAUCUUCGCGUGAGCUGAUGAGCAAGUACGCCGAGGACAAACACAUCGAGCAGGAGCUCAUGGACGAGUGCAUGGAGCAGCUGCGGCUGCAAUCGCUCACCAAGGACGAUGCUGUCACGCCCGACAAGAUGAUAGUGGCCCUGAGGGAUUUGUCCCAGAUGCAGCUGCCGCAUUUGGCACAGGUCAAGCUGCAUAUAACGAACUACUACUCCGUGCUAACCGAUGGAGUUGUGUGCAUACCCUGGGACUUUAUGCAGAGCUGCAGCUAGGCGGCAUCGCUGCAAUCCUCGACGCUCCAGGUGCACUCUGCUCGAUGUGCUGCAAAUUCAGAUGCCCUGCGUGUGUAGACAUGCCGCUCCAAGCCAUCGAAGUGUAUGGGAUCACCGCCGCAGAGCACGGAAUUCUCGGUUGCUGCAUCGUAGAAGGACACGCCACUAUUCCGAUAGACCACACGCCACCAGCUGAUGUUGCUGCGGCUGUACACGUUCUUGGAUAUGGCAUUGGUCGCGUUGCUGGCUGUCAGCGGGGAGGGCUCCAUCAGGAUGUACCGAUUGCGCCAGAAGGCACUGUAGAAGGCAAACUGCGGUCGCGUGUCGUUGAGGCUGUGGCCACGCUGGACGUAGUACGCCGCCUUCUUCGGAUCCCGCGCAUUGCUGCAGAUCAGAUACGUCUGCGGGCACUCGUAGAUGUAGGCAUUGCUGUCGGUCACGUUGCGGAUGCACACCUUGCGCGCGGUGUACAGCAGCUGCUCAUCCGAUGGAAGUUGCGCAUAGAUCUGCUCUCGCAGUGACGACUCCACUUCCUGCUCGAAGUUGGGCUGCUCCAGCAGUCGUCGCAGAUUGUCCUGCAUGGCCAGGUCCAAGGUCUCAGAAUCGUCGCGUGCGAGCUCUUCACGCUGCAGCAGCUGGAGAUUGGCCAGAGCCAACUGCGUCAGGCUACCCGUGAAGUUGCCCAGACGCUCCACUACGCUCAAUGGCGUCUCCAAGGCCAGCACCGCGUCGUAGAGAGCUUCCAGGAUGUCGCGCAGAUAGUCCAAGGCGCUAAAGGUCAACCGAUGCAGCAGCGAAUCGACCAGCGGGAAGGUAGCCGUGCGACUGUCCGUGUGGAAAGGAGCUUCCAUCAGCUGGGCACUGCGUGAGAUGAAGGCCCGAUGGACCAGCUCCAGCAGCUCUGGCGGAACAUCCGAAUUGAGGGCCAGUUGGUCGUAAAAGUCCAAGAUCUUGAGCGGAUCGUAGAUCUGUUUGGUCUGCUGCAGUUCCUUCCAUAGUCCAGUGUAGAUGGCUCGCUUCAGCUCCGGCGUUCGGGCCUGAUUCGCCAAUUGAAGCACCACCUGACCACGCUUCCAGUCGCCGCUCACCUCCGAGCGGAUCACCGACUCUAGAUUGCUGGCAGCGGGACCUCUCAAUGCUCCUGCCACGUCUGCUUCGCCAGUCCACACAUCGAUGUGAAAGAGCACUUCUUGUGCAGGAGCGGAUGCAUUCAGGACUGCCAGAAGUUUGCUGGUGCUGUUGCUCGAGAAGCUGCUGCCCAUAUGCAGUACGGCGCCCAGUGCCAGGACCAGUAGCAACAAAACGCAGACUGCCAUGGUGUCUCCAACUGUUCGGAGUUAUCUCCCGGGCCAAGAGUUUUAUAG